AUGGAAAAAUUCGCUCAAGUUCGAAGUAUAAGUGUUAGCCGUUCGAUCCCCAAUAAACUUCUUUCUCAUCAUCAUCAUUGAUCAAAAACAAUAAUCAACCGGCAAUUUCGCAUUCACACAGAAACCCUCGUUGUCCUCGUCUCCGCUGUCCCAGCGAUUGUGGGGGAGGGUGGUGGAACUGCAACCGCUGGUCAAGUCAAGGCAGAAUCGACUGAUGCUUCUACCAAGUAAGUCAUAAGCGCCUUCCUCCACUCGCCAAUAAACGUGGCUAACAAACACAAAAGGCCAACUCAUGAAGCUCAGUCUCAUCUGGUAAUGGCAAACCUCGCACCUGCAUUGUCCAUGAUCGCUCGGGGACAGUACCACACCUGUUCCAAACCGCCAGCUUCAUUCACUUCAAUGAACGGCUUCGUCGGCAUGGCUGGUGGUACUCCCAGUUGCUGGCUCUUCGCUGAUGCCAGCUACACAACCGGUGCUAAGAUCCAAGAUGUCAAGUCUGAUGGUAUCGGAAUUCUCGAGGAUGGUGUUCGAUCCAUCUUCUAUGAUGCCCCAGCCACCCGACAUUCCUUUUAG